AUGCCUCUGCGAUUUGCCUACUAUUGCUCUGGACACGGAUACGGCCAUGCGACUAGGGUGUCAGCCUUCGCUUGUCAUCUCCUCAGCGUUCCAAGCGAACACGAGGGCGAAAACCCCACCAUAUGCAUUGUGUCGUCUGCUCCAAAACACGUCUUUGCGGACAGCAUUGCCCGCGGCGCUGAAUAUCGGUAUGCAGAGAUCGAUCCUGUCAUCGUGCAGCCUCUAGCAUAUCGUGUUGAUCGGCAGAAGAGUGUGCAGGUGCUCAAGCGAUUCCUCGAUUCGAAGAAUACCCUGCUCGAAACGGAGAAAACGUGGCUAAGGCAGACGCGAAUUGAUUGUGUGCUGAGCGAUGCAGCGUUCCUCGGAUGCCUGGCUGCAAAGUCAGCUGGGAUCCCAUCUAUCCUGAUCACCAACUUUACCUUCGACUCGGUGUACAGCUACCUCUCCACCUCGUUUAUCGAUGGCGUAGCGUCUCCCGAACCUGCUGCUGUAAACCAUCUCCGUCCCCCGCACCGCCAGCAGCACCCACAGAAACACACCGUGCCACAGCAUCACCGGCAUACGUCGAGUUUCGAUGCGCUCAUUCCCGACAACCCCAUACCUCUAGCACAGCUCGUGCCUCUGGUGGAGCAGAUUCACCAUGGAUACCGUUGUGCCGACCUUCUCCUGCUCCUUCCCGGCGCUAUACCCAUCCCCUCGUUCGCCGUCGACCCUCCUCUUCCGUCACCCGAUUGGGUAGAUAUUAAUUGCAAUAGAUUUCGUCCGGAAAUUAUAGAACAUCUGAUUAAGUCACCAGCAUCUUAUACCCUUCACCCACCCGUCCAAUCGCCAUCUUCAUCGCUCAAUAUACCUCGCUCAGUAAUCAAGGCGCCAUUACUCGUCCGUCCUCCCAGUUCUUCAAUAUAUACCCAAAGUGGCCGGUCCAAAUUGUUGUCUUCCAUAGGUGUACCACCACACUACCACAAUGCAUCAAAAACGCGCAUUCUUAUAGUUUCUUUUGGCGGACAGGUCUUCCGCAGGCCGAGUAGAACACCGAGCCGAUCAACCACGCCUACUAAUGGCAGUAGAAGCACAUCUCCGGAGCGUAAGGGCAAGAUCCUUUCCCCACCCACUACCCCGAAACGCCCUGUUCUCAACGAUAGCUCAGUAACGAACAUCAACGGGCUAGGGAUUAGUGAUGUACCCUCACUAAAUGUAGCCAUGCCGAUGCCUGGCUCUCCCCCUACCCUCUCUGCACCCUCACGCAUCGCCACGCCCUCGCACAUCUGGAUCCCAGGCGCCCCGCCGGCGUCGAAGCCCCCGCAUAUGUGCACACCGCCCGUGCCAUGCACCGAACUGCCCGUCGUAUCCACGAUCCCGCCCACGCCGAACGUCACUCCCAACGAGAACGCGCCCCUCGGAGAUCCUAUUGAUUCAGAGUACGCGGACGAGGAGGUGCGGCUGCUCCCUGAUUUAUCAUGGAUCGCGAUCGUUUGUGGUGUGUCGAAGGAGCAGUGGAAUGCCACGCAGAAGGACGGUAGCUCGGAACUGCCCGAUGGAUUUUAUGUCGCACCGCGAGAUGUCUACAUGCCGGAUUUAACAGCCGUUGGAGAUGUUCUGUUGGGAAAGUUGGGUUAUGGAACUGUAUCGGAGUGCGUCGAUGCCUGCACACCUUUCGUAUAUGUGUCGCGUCCACUAUUCAUUGAAGAGCACGGUCUGCGGCUCCUGCUCGAGCAGGAAGGCGUUGGCGUCGAGCUAUCCCGGCAAUCCUACGAAGCAGGCGACUGGGCGAGCGCUGUCGAAGAAGCCUUCGCGAGAGGGACUGACAUGAAGGCGAGGAAGAGGAAGUACGGGGACCCGGCGUGGAGAUGUUCUGAGGAUGCUAAUGAUGGUCAUGCUAGUGUUUGCGGAGGCGGUCGGGGUAUGGGAAGUGGGGCAAAAGACAGGCAGGUAGAGGGAAGGGAGAUGGCUGCGCAGGUUAUGGAUUGGAUUAAGAAAUGGACAUAA